AUGGAUCCCUCUGAAGAAAGCAACGGUCUCCUGCCUUUGUCCCUUGCAAGGUCUUUGGUUUGCACAGUGCUGAGUUUGUCAUUCAUCGUCGGGGUCCCUGGGAACUCCUUUGUCAUUUGGACCAUCAGUGGCAGAAUGACCCAAAGGCCUCCGACGGUCAUGCUAAUCCUACAUCUGGCCAUCGCUGACCUCCUGGUUCUCGUCACCUUGCCAAUCUGGAUCUACUCCUUCGCCAACACCUGGCUCUUUGGGCUCAUGGCUUGCAAAGCCCUGACAUUCGUCAUUUAUUUCAGCAUGUACGCAAGCAUCUUCCUGAUCAUGGCCUUGAGCUUUGAGCGGUUCAUGGCUGUCUUUUACCCCUUUGCUGUCCAACGCUGGAAGAAGAAGAUGACCACCCGGAUGUUGGUCUUUGCCAUAUGGUUCCUCGCCAUUGCCUUUGGAGCAGUCAUCAUCCCGUUUCGGGAAACCAACAACACAGAGGCAGGUCUUCAGUGCACAGUCAGUUAUGAUAGUAACGCUCAAAUGACUGCCUGUCUCUUGCUGGAGACUCUUGUGGGCUUUGUCGUGCCCUUUGCCUUCAUCUCCAUCUGCUACGUGCUGGUCGGCAGAAGAAUCGGCAACAUGGCUUCUCCAUCAAAGCAACGCUCCGCAAAGCUGAUCGCUUCAAUAGUUGUGGCCUUUUGUCUCUGCUGGCUGCCCCAUCACGUCUUUAACUUGAUAAGCAUUGCUUCAGCUCUGAUGGAGGAGUCCCAUCCAGGGACAUCUGAAGCUCUGGAGAAGAUUUCAGCAGUGGGGUCCUACAUUACAGGCUCGCUUGUCUUUGUGAGCAGCUGCAUCAACCCUCUUCUUUACGCCUUUGCUGCCAGGAACUUCCAAAGCAGUGUGAGGUUUACCAGGUUAUCUAGACUGUUUGAACAGAUGAGCCCUUCAGAGAGGGCAGAAACUGUGAAAGAGGCACGAAACACAAACGGGAAAGAGGAGAGUUUGACAAGCACAGAGAUGAUCUAAUGAGGGCCAGGGGAGAAAAGGAGGUCGGUCUCCAUAGCGGUGGCCACACUGCUGUUACUUACUAUGACUCCUUCGUUCUUUAUCUGUUCAAGCACAGCUAUGCAGACCAGUUCUUCAUCCAGAAACAUGACUCUUCAAAAGCAGUUAUUCUAGACAAGCUAACUAGGCUCAACUCCGGCAGUUCAUGUUGGCUGAACAAAAGCAAGCAGCCAGUGUGCCAAAAACCCAAACUGAAGAGAAUAAGAAGGAACAGAGGAAGCUGCCUUGUACAGAGUCGGACCAUCUAGUUCAAUAUUGUCAA